AUGUCAGAAAAAUCACGUAAAAUAGUUACGCGAUUUCAUCCAAGUCAUGGAGAAAAUAUAAUACUUUGUGAUGAUAAUACAGUAGCAUAUAGAAAACAAAGUUUCGCUAAUGCAUUGACAUUUAGUGAAAAACCUCUACAACCUGGUGAAAUUUUCCUUUUGGAAAUAGAAAAAUACGAACGAGGAUGGAGCGGUCAUAUGCGGUUAGGAUUAACACAAAUUGAUCCUGUAACAGCUGACAAGAAAGGUUUACCUCAAUAUGCAUUACCGAAUUUAGUGAAUAUGGGAUCUAGUUGGGUGUUUGCAAUAACUCAGAGUCAUAAUAUUUACUUCAGUGUCAGCGAAGGUGAAUCAAAUCCUCAUCACGAGAAGAAAUUAAUAACCGAUGGUAUUACUGUACAGACAUCUCGAGGAAUUAUCCCUUACACAGCAUUAAAACCUAAUACAGUUGGCUCGAGCCAAAAUAUUUUACCUACUGAAACUGGUAGUCGUAUAGGUGUAAUGUAUGUACCACAGCGAGGUACCGAUUUAGCGGAAAUGCAUUUUAUUAUUAAUGGUGUGGAUCAAGGUAUAUGUGGAAAGGAUAUUCCUUAUAAAGAAAAACCAAUUCACGCGGUUGUUGAUGUUUAUGGUACAACAAAGCAAGUUCGAAUAGUUCAACUCUAUGCAGUUUCUACGUUACAAAGUGCUUGUCGUGAUGCUAUUCUACAAUAUACGAAAGAAAAUGCUGUUGAUUUAUUACCAUUACCACAAAUGUUAAAAGACUUUUUACUUUAUCAAUAA